GAUAACCCAGAAAACCAACAGAUGCCUCUCCAUGAGUGUGCUGACAUUCUCGAGUUACAGCAGAACUUGCGAGCUGAUCUAACCGACCAGCCUUUUAAGGACGCUUACAAUUAUUUCACCGACGGAAGCAGUUUCAUUCAGGACGGGAGGCGAGUGGCCGGCGCAGCAGUGACCACCGAGAAAGAGGUACUCUGGGCUAAGCAGUUAGAGCCUGGCACUUCUGCCCAAAGGGCAGAGCUCAUUGCUCUGACAGAGGCAUUAAAGCUAGCCUCAGGAAAGAGGGUAAACAUCUACACAGACAGCAGAUAUGCUUUUGCUACUGUACAUGUACAUGGAGCUAUUUACCAUGAACGCGGUCUCUUGACCUCGGCCGGGACUAAGAUUAAAAAUGCCCCACAGAUCCUAGACUUGCUAGCAGCUGUCUGGCUACCUCAGCAAGUCGCUAUUAUUCAUUGCAAGGCACACCAAGUGGGAGAUGACCCCAUCAUCAUAGGAAACAAUUUGGCCGAUCAGGCUGCCCGAAAAAUAGCAACCACAUCAGAGGGGCCUGCAGAGGAAAUGACUGCCCUGAUGCUAGUCCCUCAAGCCUUGUCAGAGCCUGUUUAUUCGAAGACAGAUUUACAGCUAGCAUCUCAACUUGGAGCCAAACCCCGCACUCCAGGGGGCUGGUAUCAGCUGCCCGACAAGCGAGUGCUGUUACCCGAAGCACUAGGACGAGAGCUUUUGCAGCAAGCUCAUCAGGCUACUCAUUUAGGAGGAACUAAACUAGCAGAAUUGUUCAGAGAUCGAUUUUUCAUUCCAAAGCUCUCCAAACUAACUGCCUCUCUGAGCUCUAGAUGUCCACAGUGUUUGUUGGUCAACCCAACCAGGAAACCUCCACUGGAAACCACCCGGUAUCGAGGAACCUCCCCAGGAGAACACUGGGAAGUGGACUUCACGGAUAUGUCCUUACAGAGUCUCCAGCCUGUACUGACCUCAAUUCACCGGCUGUUCAGACAAAAACAUCCGAACCCCCCCUUGGGAACGCUGCCCCAAGCGUCAAUUGAGCCAGGAACGUUGGUCCUGGUGCGACGACACCACCGGGAUUCGCUUGAGCCGCGCUGGGAGGGACCGUUCACCGUGGUGCUCAGCACUCCCACCUCCGUCAAGGUAGCAGGAAAGACUGCGUGGAUCCACCACACACAAGUCAAACCACUGAAAGCUACAGACGACGAAAAGGGUCCCCGAUGGACAGUACAACGGACUGGUAACCCAUUAAAGUUAAAGUUUGUAAAGGACUCUCAGCCAUAAAAUUAUGUCUGUACUAUGGUAUUUGGCUUGGUGCUCGAUUAUAAUUGUAAACCCCGGGAAUGGGGACUGGAUUGUUUCAGACGAGAAAACUAAAAGGGAACUAGGGAGAGCUAAAGGCACGAUAAAUCAAGUCACCAUUGACCUAUGUAUACUUUUCAAUGGGAUAAUAAUUAAUGAUGACAGCCCAACUGGCAGGGUAGGUGGGUCGGUCCACCGUAACCUCUGCUCGGGCCGUGGGCCUAAAGCUCUGCAAGUUAUGUUUCAACUCAAGCAGGCAUCCCUGUAUGUAUGUCCUAAAAACCAGCCUGACCCCAAUUAUAAUGUGUACUGUGCCUCCGA